GCCGUAUCUUCUCCAGGUCUGCUGGCCGUCAUCAUUUGCCCUGCAUCACCAAGACUCUGACACCCUGCACAGAACAUUCUCGGCGACGACCCAGGGAGUGGCACUGAAGGACUAAUCAGAGCGGUCCUGGGUACUAUGACGACUUCCUCAGUAUAUUUCUCUGGAGCCCUUUCCUGUACCGGUACUUUGUCAACUCCAAGGCUGAUCAGCAACCCUUAAAACCAGGCAAAUCCCUUGCAGAGCUGUUGAUCCUGUCUGAUCCACUCCCGAGUUGUUGGUUCCAUAAUCUACUUUCAUGUGCUGUCUCCUCAAAUAUCAUGUGAUGUUUCAGGCUGUGCAACACUGACAGUCCCGGAAAUCAAACCUGUUGAUCAGUCCCAGUCAACCCAAGCUGCUGAUCAACGGCCCCGGCAACGCAUUUGUGCUCUACCAACGAGGACCAAGAAAAACAACCUGGGAUCAGAAAUACAGUCCGCCUAGCCUAGCGCGUGUGUUCAAAUUUUGUGAAUACUGUGUGGACUGUGGUACAAAGUGGGAUAUCCCCUCUUUCACAUUUUCCUUUACCAGACCUUUUACGUCCGUGUCUUCCUUGACUCCAAGGCCCUACAGAAACAAGAAAGAAUAUCCAAUCGCCACUAUCUGCCACUUUGUCACACCAACUGAAGCCAUGUUGAGCUUCCACAAAAAGCGGUGAUAUCUGCUACAUAUACGAGUACUCGUAUCCCACCAAGCCGAAGGCGCCGCGAUUUGGCCCCCCUACUUGGCCGAGAUCCGGAUUUCCACUUCUCCCUACUACAGGACAGGAUAUUCCAAUUUCACCUCACGCAAGAGCCGACUAUCCGUCUGUGCAGUUGCCGCAUGCAUACAACACCUCUCUUUCCAGUCGAAGAGCGUCGCAGAAAUACAGCAAGACAACCUGCGACGUUCCUCCCCUUUCCGCUAGUCAUCAAUCAUCUCUUCCACAAUGGGCCACAAGAUGAAUUCCGAAUCCUUUUCAGGACGUUAUACACCCACCUCACCGCUGUCUCCAAGACUCCCACAAGGCCAUCGCCCUCUGUCACCUCAGCCAUCGCGUUCUCGGACAGCUCAACACGGUCGGCAAGCCUCACGAAACAUGCACAUGAACCUCCCAAGAUUUCAUCCAGCCAACUUCACGAACCUAGACUCACCCGCCACCCCGUCGUCAGCGGUCCAGUCUCCAGCUAUCACCAUCAAUCGAGUGGUGCCACCGAUACAACUUGAGUCACCGAGACUGAUGCGCGAAAAACAGCGUGAAUUUCUGGAGCGUGCUCACCUAUCAUCCAAGAUCGCAGCCUCAUCCAUGGGUGUCAAGCCUGGUGCUCCGCGGCUGGAUCCCUUGGGCAGCCCCAAGGGUCCUGUGACUCCUUUGGCCUUGGACGAAGCCGGUGACUAUUUUCAGGUUGGCGGAGGCGGGAAGAUAUCACCAGCAGGAAGUCCAGGCACCCGCAGUCCAAGAAGUGACGCUUCCUCAGACAAGGAGGAGUCGAAGAAAUCAAUAAAGAGACAAGCCGACGUCUAUCAAUGAUGAAAAUGAUGGCUGGCCCAAGUCCGGGCAACCACAGCAAGUUGACGACUUCAUGAUCAACCAAUGACGCCUUUUCGUCACGACGGAAACGAAUUCCCUUUGUUAUUAUAUGCAUUGAUGCCGAAGGAUUGCAGGCAAGCAUUUACCAGAGAUUUCAUCCAGCAAUCUCUAUGUGAGGUUGCUGGCUCUGUAAAUAUUUCUAUUUCUUUCAAGUCCCCAGGAUCCGGGACGCUGGCUGGAAAGCCCUUUUCAUGCAUUCAAAGCGGGAUAUUGCAGCAUUACCACUAUUCGUUCAGGCUGCCUGGUGCAACUCAAGGCGACAUUGGAUAUGGCUUCGAUUCAUUUCUUACACCUUGCAUAGCGAUCUGGAUUACCAUGUAAAAAGAAGCGACGAAAGGGACAAAUCCUCAUAGCAUGUUUUGGAUGCAUCCUGAAGGUCGCUAGAUAUUUCUGGGAUCACUCGUCCCAUCGAGAUCAACAAAGAUACCAUAGUUACAAUUUCUUGAAUCAUG